UGGUUUUGUGGCAUUUCUGCACUUUUCCACACUUGACACUACCCUUAUCCUCAGAGCAGCGCAGCAAAGAUGAUGAGCCUCUCCGUCGCGUCGCCUCCGAGCCUGACCUUUGCUCCGGCGAGGAAUCUCUCUAAAUCCCUAUUUCACGGCGUUCGGAUUGCCCACGUAUGCCCUGCGUCGUCGCUUCGAACAUCGCACUCAUCCUCUUCUUCUCUGGUCGUGCGAAUGGCUAAGAAAGAAGAGGAAUUGAAGGAAAUCAGAGCGAAAACUACUGAGGAAAUCAACGAGGAGAUAUUGAACCUCAAGGGAGAGCUGUUAAUGCUUCGCCUCCAGACGUCUGUCCGCAAUGAAUUCAAGUCCAGCGAGUUCGGCCGUAUGCGUAAACGGGUUGCUCGAAUGAUGACUGUUAAACGGGAGAGAGAGCUUGAGGAGGGAAUUAACAAGAGGUUGUCAAGAAAGGUAGACAGGAAGUGGAUGAAAAGCGUUGUUCCGAAACCACCUCCAUCUUUAUUGAAAUUACAAGAGGAGGCAGAAGAAGAAGCCAAGAAGUCAUCUGCUUGAGUUUAGAGACCUUUCUGUAUGUAGGUAAUAUGAUGUCAUCUUCAUUGGUUUAUGUGUAGGUAUGGAUUAUUAGUUUUUUCCAAUUUACCAAUUGCACUGCUAAUUGUGGUUCCAAAUAUAUUCUGUCAAUCUGGAUGAAAGCAUUUUCUUUUGUUCCUCUAACUGUUACCACAAUUGUAUUGCUUCCUUGUAUUCUCUUAUUAAGUUACUCUCAAGUAUCUUCCA